GUGAGCGGAGUGUGUGUUCUGGCAGUAGCGUUGAUGUCAUCUCACAGCGGCUACCCACUACAGUCGCAUCCGCUAACCCGAAGGUUACGUUUACAUAACAACAUAACGUAACGUAACCGCGCGCACACCAGAACCCUGCACCGCAGACCUGUGCUGGGCUCCUAGAACGAGAGCGCGUUCUCUCCUGGGCUGUUCGGUUCGGGCUGUUCCGUGGCUAGCAGCUCCCGGGGCUAACGGGGAGUGGUAACCAGGGAGGGCCUCGCGACGCGCCCGGAUAUCUGUCUGGCAGACACACACACGCACACGCGCACAUACACACACACAUACACAUACAGACACACUAGGCCUAUAAACACACACGCACACACAAACACACACACACGCACGCCUGUCUUUUCUUGCAUGCUAGCAGGUGAAGCGGUGUCUGCGAGAGGGGCUACACUCACACACACACACACACACACACACUCCAUCUCUCACUCACACACUCACACACACACACACACACACUCACACACAGACACUCGGCCACCAGCUAGCCAGCCUGGCCACAUCCUCUUCGAUCCGGCGGGCCAGACUGCAACUCCAGCAGCACAGCCAUCAUGGAUAACCUGAGUGAGGCUCUUCGCCAGUUGAAGGUGUCGUCAGCUGGAGGGUCGACUGAGGAUCUGCAGAGCAGUCUGGACACACUACUGAAGGCCCUCGCAGACAACAAUGCGGAUGUGAGUGGGCGUGUCCAUGAGACUGGCCUCCUCCCCCAGCUGGCCUCCUUAUUGGCUGCUGGCCCCUCUGGCUCCUCCCCCUGCACCCCCAAAGUAGCCAACCUCAUCGCAGAGAUCGCCAAGAACGAGUGCAUGCGGGGUGUGUGUGUGGAGGCGGGCCUUAUCCCUCCUCUUGUGCAGCUAUUGGCUAGUGAGGACCAGGAAGUCCUGCUGCAGACCGGCCGCGCCCUGGGAAACAUCUGCUACGACAGCCAGGAGGGCCGCAUGGCCGUGGAGGCUGCGGGCGGUGCGGCGGCCGUGUGUGUGUUGCUGGAGUCGCUGGUCUCUCACACACACACACACAUACACGCCCCCAGCGGAGCGCUCCUCACCGUGCUGAGCGGGGCGCUGGUCAACUACACCAAUGGGGACGACGAUUCUCUACAGGGCCAGUUGAUAUCUAUGGGGGUGAUUCCCACUCUGGUCAAGUUGCUGGGUCAGCACUCAGACAACACACCGCUCACAGAGAUGUGUCUCAUCGCCUUCGGGAACCUGGCAGAGCUGGAGUCGAGUAAGGAGGCGUUUGCUGCUACCGGCGUGGCUCGGGAGCUGGUUCAGCUGUUUAAGAAGCAAACGGAGCACGAGAAGAAAGAGAUGAUCUUUGAAGUACUCGCACCCCUCGCAGAGAACGAUGUGAUUAAGCUUCAGCUGGUGGAGGCGGGGCUAGUGGAGUGUUUGCUGGACGUGGUGUCAAUCACGCUGGGCAGCCAACGGGAAGAGGACGUAGCCCAGCUGAAGACCGCCUCCGACCUCAUGGUGCUACUGCUGCUGGGAGAUGAGUCAAUGCAGAAGCUGUUUGAGGGCGGGAAGGGUGGUGUCUUCAAACAGGUCCUCUCCUGGGUUCCCUCUGACAACCACCAGCUACAGCUAGCCGGGGCGCUAGCCAUCGCUAACUUCGCACGCAACGAUGGUAACUGUAUCCACAUGGUGGAGUGUGGCAUUGUGGGUAAUCUGCUGCAGCUGCUGGAUCGCCACGUGGAGGAGGGAAACGUCACCGUGCAGCACGCCGCACUGAGCGCACUCAGAAACCUGGCCAUCCCCGUGGUCAACAAGUCCAAGAUGCUGGCGGGAGGCGUGGCCGAGGUGGUGUUGAAGUUCCUCCAGUCGGAGAUGCCGCCAGUGCAGUUUAAACUGCUGGGAACCCUGAGGAUGCUCAUAGACACACAAGCGGAGGCGGCUGAUAAGCUGGGUACCAACAGCAAGCUGGUGGAGCGUCUGGUGGAGUGGUGUGAAGCUAAGGACCACGCGGGAGUCAUGGGAGAGGCCAACCGCUUACUAUCCGCUCUCAUACGACACAGCAAGACUAAGGACGUGGUGAGGACGGUGGUUCAGAGUGGCGGGGUGAAGCACCUGGUUACCAUGGCUACCAGUGAACACAUGAUCAUGCAGAAUGAGGCGCUAGUGGCCCUCGGAAUCAUCGCAGCCCUCGACCUGGCGCUGGCUGAAAAGGACUUUGUAGGCGCCGGUCUCGUCCAGAUUCUGCACAAGCUCCUGACGGACGAUCGCAGCGCUCCGGAGAUCAAAUACAACUCCAUGAUCCUCAUAUGCUCUCUACUGAGCUCAGAGCCUCUUCAUAAGGAGGUCACCUCCUUGGCGUUUGUUGACGUCGUCUCCAAACUGCGUUCCCAUGACAACAAGACCGUGUCUCAUCAGGCCUCUCUGACCGAGCAGCGCCUCACCGCACAGAGCUAGACACACACACACGCACACGCACACACACACACACACACAUACACACACAC